AUGGCGAACCCGAGACAGCGGCGCAAAGCGCGCUCCUCGUCGCACUCUGGCGCAACGAAAAGCGAGCGACGUGCGCAGAAUAAAAGGAUUCAUCGCAAACCCAGCUUGGCGGGCCCUGCCGUCCUGCGUGAGCAGUGGGACAAGCAUUUGACGACGCGCCAAAACUACGCCAAAAUUGGCCUUGCACCGACGCUCGGAAAGAAUUCCGGUGGCCUGGAUCUUAAGGAUCCGUACCGAAACGUGCGCGUGAGCCAGCCAGCCGAAGCGCCGCCAAAAAAGCAGGGCAUGGCGCGUGUUGUUCGCGACGAGGACGGCAACGUCGUGGAUUUGAUCGAGUAUGAAGAGGAGGAUGAGAACACAUUGACGCCAUGGGGCGAGAAGCUGAACGUUGGAGAUGACGCACCACGCGAUGCGCAACUCGUGCCGCGCUUGCACCCCGACGAAGAAGAUGCACCUGCCGUCAAAGCGCUCUCCAAGAUUGCCAGCGAUACAGCACCGGUCAGCCGCUUUGCUUCGUUUGGCGAACUGUCCUGGCUCGCAGAGCUUGUCUACGCACACGGCGACGAUGUCGAGGCGAUGGCGCGUGAUAGGAAGCGCAACAUUAUGCAAAAGACAAAGGGCGAGAUCCGUCGCGCGCUCGGCACAUCGCGAUUUCUGCGCACGACGCGCGUAAAACAUGCGCUCGGGCCGCUCGUUGUGAAAACCUACACCAAGCCUGACCCUAGCACGCAUUUGCGUGGGCUCGUCCGGCGCUUGCGAGUUGAGCGCGAGGCAUUAGAGAACGUGCCCAAUGUGCUUACCUAUCAGGAGGUCAUCGAGACAGAAGCGGCGGGCUACCUCAUUCGGCAAUGGCUCAUGUGCAGUUUGUACGACCGGAUCAGUACGCGGCCAUUUUUGAGCCCGGUAGAAAAGUUGUGGGUCAGCUACCAGCUGCUGUACGCUAUGCAUGCUACACAUGAGCGCAACGUCGCGCACGGAGAUUUAAAAUGCGAAAAUGUGCUUGUCACUUCCUCGUUGACGGCGUUUAUCACCGACUUUGCCUCGUCGUUCAAGCCGACCUAUAUUCCCCUCGACGACCCUGCUGACUUUAGUCUAUUCUACGAUACUGCAGGUCGGCGCACAUGCUACGUCGCGCCAGAGCGUUUCUACGACUCCCUCACCGAGCUUACACAGCACGUGGAACAACCACACGACGCGGAAAAUGCGUCGGACAUCCUCACGCACGAGUCACAACUGGACAUGCUGGGUCUUGGGCGUCCAAACGGUGCAGUCACGGAAGCAAUGGACGUAUUCUCGCUUGGUUGUGUCCUAGCCGAGCUAUGGCGCGACGGAGAGCCGCUGUUUACGCUGGGACAGCUAUUCCGCUACCGGCGCAAUGAAUUCAGCCUCCAAGGCAUGCUCCGGGACAUUGCUGACCCGGGCAUCCGCCGAGUGAUUGCGAGCAUGGUCCAGCUUGCGCCAGAAGACCGGCCGUCGUUUGCAGCGCUGCUUGCGGACGCUUCAGAACACGUAUUUCCCUCCUCGUUUUCCACAUUCCUGCACCUGUACCUCGUGGAUUUGCAGCGGAGCACGAUUACUGCCGACGUGCCAACGUCGCAAACGAUUGCAGCGCAUGACGUACAGAUGCUCCGCGCAAAUUUGCCAGACGACCGCAUCGGAAAGCUGUACGAGGAUUGGGCCACCAUUGUGCCUUUUUUGGGCGCGCAGAAAGCGCCAAAGGUAGACGGGGGACAUGGCGCACUUAACAUUGCCAUUCCAGGCAUUGCACUGGACAAUCUCGCGCCGCUACUGCAGCACACAGACACGUACGGCCCCGCCAUCAUUCUCCUUUCGGUCCUGCUUGCCAACACGCGAAACGCACGACGCGCGUCCAUGCGACGUGCAGCCGUCGAAAUGGUCAUGCACCUUGCGUACGGAUGGCUGAGCGACGAGGUGUGCCUCGAUCGCGUCCUUCCCUAUUUUGUUGCGCUGCUCCAGGACCCAGAUGCUGGCUGCCGCGCACUCGCGCUGCGCUACAUUACCGUACUUUUGCCGUGGAUUGAGAUGGUCAGUGCCGCGAAUGUCGGCUUGUUUGGCGAGUACAUUUUGCCAAAUGUACGCCACUUGGCCAGCGAUGCAAGCGUGUCUGUGCGAACCACGUACGCUACGUGUCUUGCCGCGCUCAUGCAAAGCGCCGCUGGAUUUCUGGAUCGUGAACAAAGCGUGGCCGAGGAUGACUACGAUGCAUCCAUGGAGCAUUUGCAGUUUUUUGCGCAAGAGCAAAUGCUCGUGCUUCUUACGGAUGUAUCCAGCUCUGUACGAAGAGGACUGCUUGUGCACAUGCUUCCACUCGCCACGCUCCUCGGCGCGCAUCGUCUGCACAGCACGGUUAUUGGGCACCUGCUUACCUACCUCAACGACCCAGAUUGGGCGCUGCGCGCUGAAUUGCUCCCCGCGCUUGAAGCGCUUGCGCCGCUGCUGGGUGCAGAUGCAACGCAGCGCUACAUUGAUCCCCUCUUUGUCCAAGCGCUCUCCGACGAGGAGGAACACGUUGUGCAAAGCGCGCUGCUCUCUUUUACGCGCAUGUUUACACAGCGCAUAUUUGGGAUGGAUAUGGGCUACGAAAUCUUGCGACAUGCUGCUGGAUUUCUGGUGCACCCGAACCUGCUCCUACGCGAAGCUGCUGUGGGACUAUUUGUGGAAGCGUGCGGCGGUGCAUCACCCAGUGUGCCUUGGGAGACGGGCUACCUUUUGGCGCGCCCUAUGAUGGCAACAGAAAUGGUAGAUUGGAGUGUCGCGAGCUUGUUUGCGAGCCUCGAUACCCCGCUCCACCGGGCUAUCCUCACAGAUGUCAUCGCCGCGCUGCACGACAGCCAUGCUGCAUUCCUUUCUUUUUGGCUUCCGCGCGCAAACAAGGCAUGGGAAGCGUCGCAGGAUCCACGCGCAUUUGUAAAGACGCACCUUGAUACGCUUCUGCGCCCUUCGACGUCGGCGCACACAGACAUGUGCACCGCCGACACUCCAGAGCAAAGGAACAUGCUCCAGGACUUGGAAGCACACGGAAUGCAGCUUGGGCGCGAUGCGCCCAAGCUUAUUGCUCUCUGGUGGUACAUUGUACGCCGGUCCAAGAGUACGAUGCGCACAUGCAACUCUGCGCCAAGCACGGCGCUGCACGGCACUGUGCAGCGCACCGUCUUUUUCACGCCCGCGUCAAAGCGCGCGUCCCUUUCCGAGUUUGCCGUGCGCACUGCUAAGCAGCGCAUCCAGCGCAUGUAUAUCAGGCCAGCGCCAGCGCCCGUGGAAAAACGUGCGCCGGUAAAGAAUUUGCCCCUCGGAGUGCCCUGUUCGCCCGCCUCAUCGCGGCCCCCUUCGAUCCGCCUCCCUGCAUUUCUUGGAGCACAGCCGGCCAAGUCAGGAGCCACUACCUCGCUGGCGCAUGUGCACGCGUCGCGAAAGCCAGCAGAAGAAGUGCAGCAGCCCGCACAGCCACCGUCUCCGCUGCAAAGUGCUGCGUUUGGCAGCACGUACGAAGGCAGUGAUCCGUUCAUCCACGCACACCUCGCGUCUGUGCUGGAGCGGUCCAGUGCGGAAAAGGAUGCACUUGGUAUCUCCACCAACAGCCCCAGCGCCGAGGAGCAGACUCCCCGCAACAAGACGAGCAACCAACGGCCCGACGGCGCAAUGAUUGCCGUGCUCACAGAGCAUACCGCGAAAAUCACCGCACUCGACGUCGCUUCGGAUCAGCUAUUUUUUGCGAGCGGAGCUCAGGAUAAGACCGUCCGGAUAUGGGACACGGCGCGCCUCGAAAAAAACGUCACCUCGCACUCGCGCAUUACCUAUACAGCACACGACGCGCCCAUCACCGCACUGCGUCUUUUGACUGGCACGCAUUGUGUUGUAAGCGCCGCACAAAACGGAUCGAUUCACGCAUGGGUAGUCACGCUCAAUGCGCGCAAUUCCGUGCCCCAGUAUGGACGCCCGCACAUUCUCGGGCGCGAGGCGCUUCCGUACGGCGAACAUGUAACGUGCAUGGAGCAGCUCGUCUCGGGCAAGCACCCCGUUGUUGCACUCGGCACCAACAAAGGGCGCGUGCUGAUAUGGGAAGUGCGCUUCAUGCAAUGCCUGCACGCAUGGAACCUCGCAUCCUCACACGGCGGUGUGACAUGCAUGACACUACAUAGCGCAGAGCACUGGCUCUGUACAGGCACAGCGCAUGGCGUGCUUACGCUCUGGGACCUGCGCUUUGCGCUUCCGCUCCGCAGCUGGGCGCUCGGCACACCAGCCGCCGGUGCGAGCAUUCAUGCUCUGGCGACGCACCCCACUGUGGCGCACCAAGUAUUGAUUGCGUAUACGCAGCAAGCACGCGCGCCGCCCGUACUUGUUGAUUUGUUCUGCCUUGCGUCGGGGCAUGUCAAGCAUUCCUUGGGCAUUGAAGUCGGCGAUGUGCCGCAUAGCGCGCCGAAUUCGUAUACAUUGCUUGCCACGCCCCAUGCUGCAAACACGGCAGCCGCGGCGCCCGACGCAGAAACGCACGCUCGCGGCGCUGUGCAUGCAAUGCUGGCUAAGAAACAUGGCUAUGCAAGCACCGGUGCGCAGGAUUUGGCAGGGUACGUGCUUACCGGCGGCGACGACCGCCUACUUCGCUUCUGGGACUUGGGUGGCAUCGAGCAGAGCAGGUGUGUAGGCUUCCCGGGGUACGGCGAAUUCCUUUUUGUGCCUGCCGACGCGCCCACAAGCGCGCCGCGUUUCGUGCACCGCAUCGCGGCGGCGCCGCAGCAAGUGCCGCUCGAACAGCAUCGAUCGCCAUUGCAUGCACAGCAUGCGGGAAAUGCGCGGCAUGUAUUCGUCAAAGCACACAAGGAUACCAUCACUGCGCUACUGCAAUUGGAGCUUCCGUUCCGGUGCAUUGUCGCGGGCGACAGCACCGGCACGCUGCGCGUGUGGGAGUAA